UUGAUGUCAACCAAACGCGACGUUUGAUAAAGCUAUUUUUUAUUUUGAUAUAUUGUUUUACUAUAUUUACCUACAAUGGCACCGAAAAAAGACAAAGGCAAAAAGGAUGAUGAAAAAGCAGGAGCGUUCAAUGAAGUGGAAAGGACAUUUUUGGAACUUCAGCUAAGUGAUUGCAAUCGGAAAGUGGCCAGACUGAGAAGUGCUGUGGAAGAGUAUGAGCAGCGACUCGAAGAACUACAGAAAGCCUAUGAUAAGUUGGACGAAGAUCGAGCAGAUAUAAUUGCAUACUUGAAAAAGACAUUGACCAUCAAAAAUGAAGAAAAUGUGGAGUUAAAGGAAAAAGUUAAGGGUCUCGAAGAAAUAAGAGAAAUUGAAAAUGAACGUUUUCAAGAAACUACCAGGCAGUUAGAAAAAGAUUUCGUUAUAAUGAAAGAACAGCUUACAUCUGAAAAUAAACUUCUGGCCGGUAAACUGAACACGUUAGAGGAGUUUAGAGCAAUUAGAGAUGAUUUAAUGAGAAAGUUUGAAAACCAAGAACAGGAAUUCAAAGACCAAGAAAUGAAAUAUAAAAGAAUAAUCUACGAUACUGAAAAGAAAUUUGUUAUUGGAAAAGACAACUUAAAAAAGGAAAUGGAAGCCAGACUACUGCAGCUCGCUCAAGAUUUUCAAGACGCAACUGAGUUAAGGGUAGCAGCAUCUACUCAUAGAGUUAUUCGAGAAAAUAUUGCGAUCAAUAAUGAACUAGAAAAUAUCUUAGCUUCUCAAGCGAAGUUAGUAGAACAAAAUGACAGUUUUAGAGAUUCAAUGAGAGCUGCAAUAGUUUCUAAAGAAUUAGCUGAAGAGGAAAGAGACAAGGCAAUCGGUAAGAGUGUUGUUCAACUCAAGGUUAUUGAACAAUUAACAGCUGCAUUUGAAUCAGUUAAAAAAGAAAAAAGUUUAUUUGAAAAGAGAAGUUACGAUUUUGAAGCACAACGGAUGAAAAUAGAAAGAUUAACUAAAGAAAAUGAUAAUCUCAGCCUUCAAGUUCGUGUUUUAGAACAAAACUUACAUGCGAGAAUGAGUGACCAAAAUAAAGCCGUGGUGGAAAGUGUGAAAAUGUCAAAGGAACGCGAAAAACUCAGAAAAAUUUUAAAAGAAGCAGCAGUUGCUAUUCAGGCGUCAUUGAAAUUAGACGAAUGGGCUACUGUGAACGCAGCGCGAGAAGUUAUGGAUAGACGUGUACUACUGUCACAUUUACUUGAAAUAGUAUCACAAUACCGUGAACUUGAGCACGCAGAGUCUGUAGGAACAAUAGGUUCGUUUAGUAAAAUUUAUGAAGAAGGUGACCUUGGUUUUGUGCCACGGCCAAAGAAAAAGCAGGCCUUGUCAGAACAAUACAUUGUUGAUUCAGCCAUUCCUACAAAGGAUACAUCUGAAGUUGAAGUCGAAACUUUAGCUUUGGCAUCUCAUACAACCACUUCCAUAACUACCAGUGUGGACACUGUUCCCAGCAUUCAUAUAAUACCAUCGAAAAAAGAUUUAGGGUCGAAGGACGAAGGAAGUGCUGAGUCAUUUGUAGCUUCAUCUGUGUCUGAAGAAGUUGUAGAAGAAGAAGAAAAACAGAAAGAAGAUGACAUAGAGAAACAAUUAGAGGAAAGUAAAGUUGCGAUGCAAAAGUCUUUCUUGAAAGACUUUGCCCUCUCUCAAGCUUCUCUUAAACGCCAGUCAGAGAUAAAAGUUGAUAUAAAGAGGAUGUCUAAGGUCGUUAGUACUCUUAGAUUACCACUUGAGGAAAAAGAUGAUAUGACAGAAAAAUCGCUUGCAGAUGAGGUUGAGAUUGAAAAGUCAAGUGCUGAGGUAGAUGAUACAGCGCCGUCUCCUGCAGCGGCUGGAGAUGCUGGUACUGAUGACGAUAAAGAAAUUAAAACCCCUAUUGCUGAACAACAAUCAGUUGACAUUGGACAGUCAGUUGACAUUGAACAGCCAAUUGACAUUCCACAGCCUGAACAAGAUGAGCCUAAACAAACUGAACAAGAACCAGAGCCAAAAGAAGGUGCCGAUUAAUAUUUUAUUUAUUUUUAUUUUGAAAUGUGUAUUUUGAUACGACUGUUUUUGUUUUGUAUUUUUUUUUAUAUAUUAUGUUUACAAUUAUUUUUUACAAACCACUUUUUAUUUAUAUUUUUUUAUUUUAUGUAUAAGUACAUGCACGACAUUGUUGUUUAAAUACAUUUAUUCAGCAUGUAUAGUGGAUUAUUGUUUAUUUUGUUAUUUGUGUAAGAUUUAAAGAUUAGAGUAGAGAUUUAUUUUGGAGAAAAAAAUAAGAAACAUCAGGGUGUUUCUUUUUUAACGUAAUUAAAGAAUGACGUAGAAUUCCAGCCAAAGGUUGGGUACAUAAAAAUAAUUAUACUUUUAUGGAAUGUAUCUUUAGUUAAGUAUUUUGAAGUGGUUAAAUAAUACUGCUACUAUUAUAAUAUUUUUGCGCACCAGCAGGAGAAGAAAAUAUUAUGUUAAUGAAGACAUUCUGAAUAUCAGUGUCACUUAUUCUUCUUUGUAUUUCCAUUUUACUUUAAUGAAUUAUUAUGUUAUUAUGUAAAUUGUAGUUUCACACACAAAUAAUUAAUGUAAGUUGCACGUGCGAUGAUUAAAUAAUCAUUUUAUCUA